AUGUCGCAUGAGUACGACUUCUUGAUCCAUUCGAUGCUCGGACUGGGUGCCUCACAUCUGAGUCUACUGGCCCCUGGCGACUUCAAUCAGUCUGCCUUGCAGCAUAGAGUGACGGCUAUUGAAAGACUAAACAAAUUCCUGUCAAGACCGGCGCUUUCACUUUUGGAUACCGAGGCGGCUUUUGCUGCCAUUCUCACCCUGACCUUCCAGGCAGCUCACAUGCCGGAUGGCCUUACAGACUUUCUUACCAUGACCCGCGGCUGUUUUCUUGUCGGAACCCACGUGGUACCUGAUCUCGAGAACUCGGCCUUUAAAACAUUUGAACGAGACGUCUACGUCGAAAAAGCAUCGUCUGUAGCCGCAUCAGACAACCACUGGCUCCCCUUGCUGGAUAAGUCCAUUGCCAACGGGUUCUGCACAAGUCUUGAACAACUCGGCCCCCUGUGUCACAGCGUCAUUGACAUUGAGCACAUUGCCAUGAUGCGCCGAAUAGUGAUUUCCGCCACAAAUAACAUUUACGAAUGUUUCCGCGAGCAUUCAUUCCUCCACGAAAAAGCAGGCCGCCUCUCGGCCGUUGAAUUUGCCGCAUUCAUCGAUCCAAGCAAUCACAUCGCGCGCCUUGUCAUCGUCCACAUGCUGCUGUUGGAUAUCAUCAUGAGUCGUACAAUCUGCGUGUGGGAAGAAGGCCCUCAAUUUUCCUUCCAUGAGACCCGUCAUCGCUACGACGCGCGCAACGUCAUGGCCAUUGUGUGGAUGGAGAAGAUAUAUGAUUCGUUGCCAGAAACAUAUCAGCCGUAUAUAGAAUGGCCGCUCAAGUUUUCGCGGUUUAUGAAGACUACAUUUCAGGCCGACACCAGUUUCUGGAGACUUGCUUCAGUAGAUCUACAUGACGAUAUAGGGUUAGAGACAUUGCGGCUUGAGGAGAGUGAGAUUUGUGAGUGA